CAAUUGGCGAACAGAAUACUAUUGUUAAGCAACGACCAACUCCGAAAUUAACAAUAACAUCGAAGGGGAGAGCAUUUCAGGAGAGUUGGUAUGCGAAGAAGGAUUGGCUUUGUGGCAGCUCUGCUUUAAAGAAAUUGUUUUGCUGGCCUUGUCUCUUGUUUUGCCCUGGAAAGUCGCCAACGUGGACGAAGUCUGGCUAUAACGACAUGCAUGGCUUCCUCUCUGAUUUCAAAAAGCAUGAAAGGUCAAAUUCACACAUGGGUGCUUUCAAGACCUGGAAGAUGUAUGGAGCUGGUGUGCGAGUGGAUUCACUUAUCUCCCAAGCGAGACGAGAUGAAAUUCAACGGCACAAUGAAGAGGUAAGGCAAAACAGAGAGAUUUUAAAAACUAUCACUGAAGCUGUAUUGUAUUUGUCUAGACAAGAGUCGGCGUUUAGAGGCCAUGAUGAAUCUGAAGACAGCUUGAGUAGAGGUAACUACAGGGAAUUACUUGAGUCUUUUGCCAAGUUUGAUUCUGUAUUUGAACGUCGAUUGCAUGGCAGACUAGCUGAAUCUGAAAGGGGUGGGGUUGGGGGUGGACGUUUUACUGGGGUUUCUCCUGAAAUACAAAAUGAUUUAAUUAAUUGUCUUGAUUCAAUUAUUGAAGAUGAAAUUUUUAAGGAGAUCAAUGAUUGUACCUUCAUGAGUGUGCAGGUUGAUGAGACCUCUGAUGUUUCCACCAAAGAACAGGUAAGUAUGAUUGCCCGUUUAGAUAAAGGUAGUGAGAUUGUUGAAAGACAAUUGGGAUUUGUGGAUGUCAGUUCAAAUAGGAAUGCUGCUGCUAUAACCCAGGUAAUUAAAGAUAAACUUAGCCAACAUUCUGGAAUCAAGGACAAACUAAUCAUGCAAACAUACGAUGGUGCUGCUGUUAUGUCUGGUCAUAUAAAUGGUGUCCAGGUUCAAGUACGUCAAGAGUAUCCUUUUGCACAUUUUGUUCAUUGUGCUGCUCACAGAUUAAAUCUUGUUUUGUGUCAGUCUGCCUCAUCUAUUUCUCCUAUCAAAAUUUUCUUUGUUAAUGUAGGUGCCUUUUCUACUUUUAUUAACAAUGCCCUUAAAAGAAAAGCAUUUCUCACUUCCCAUAAAAUUGAGUUGCCCAACCCUGGUGAUACUAGAUGGUACUAUCGAGCACGUGUCAUCAAUGUGUUGCACAAAAAUUAUGAGAACCUUUUAGAAAUUUUUGAAGGAGUGGUUGACCAACCUGUUGGCUGGGAUGAUGAAACAUUGGAUAAGGUAUUAAUAGUUUCUUGUUUUGCUUUUCGGUAUGUGUUUUUUAUAAGAUUUUAGGGCAAUCAUCGAUUCUGUAUUCAGUUCUCCAAGGCAGACAAACAGAUUUUAAUUAUGGUAUGACCAAAAUUGAACGUUUCAAGAGUUUUGUUUCUUCUCUCCGCUCCGAUGAAGCUUUUGAUGAAUUCUACCAAGAAGCUGUAGACAAAGUAGGACCACCAAUAAGCAGGGCUGACACAAAACAUAAUUACAAGCAACUUUAUUUUGAGAUUCUUGAUUCCAUUGUAGGUAUGUUAAAUGAGCGUUUUCAGGAUAUGGAACGAUUUGGAUUUCUAGAUCUUGUCAAUCCUAAGGUAUUUGCAACUUGGGGUGGAGUGGUGCCACCUGAGAGAAUUAACCUUCUCAAACAAACGUAUGGUCCCCUAUUUGAUGUACCGAUGCUUGAGAACCAACUUUCUUUUAUUUACAGGGAUAAGGACUUCCAUAAAGAAACUAGUGAUGAAUUACUAAAAUAUAUAUUUAAGUUUAAUCUUCAAUCUAGCACACCAGAAGCUGUCAAGUUGCUGAAAAUGAAUGGUGUUUUGUCAAUUGCAAGUGCUUCAGUUGAAAGGUCAUUUUCUUGCUUGAAAAGGGUUAAAGGUUAUUUGAGAAACACAAUGGGUCAAGGGCGACUCAGUUCUCUUUGUAGGAUCUCAAUCCACAAAGAUAUUGUUAAACUUAAGGAAGAUGACAAUGUGUUGCAUGAGGAAGUAAUCAAAAAGUUUGUUGAAAAACCUAGACUACUUGCCUUCCUUUAUAAAUGA